AUGGAUCACACUCGUGUCCCCAAAUUAGGAGGAAUCUCGUGGGCGACGAAAGACAAAGUGCAACAAGCGAAUUACUUUGGGUCACUCACUCAAGCUUCUUCGAUUCGGGUCGGAUCUUACAAUGGCGAAGAGAUCUACGCUCCAUUCAAGAGCCUCCUCCCAAUGGUGAAUCCAGACGACGUUGUGUUUGGUGGUUGGGACAUAAGUGACAUGAACCUAGCAGACGCUAUGGCUAGAGCCAGAGUCCUCGACAUUGAUCUCCAGAAACAGCUUAGACCUUACAUGGAGCACAUGGUCCCACUCCCUGGAAUCUACGAUCCAGAUUUCAUCGCUGCGAAUCAAGGGUCACGUGCUAAUAGCGUGAUCAAAGGCACCAAGAAGGAGCAAGUUGAUCACAUCAUCAAGGACAUGAGGGAGUUUAAGGAGAAGAACAAAGUGGAUAGGCUAGUUGUUCUUUGGACAGCCAAUACAGAGCGUUAUAGCGAUGUGGUUGUAGGGCUUAACGAUACGAUGGAGAAUCUAUUGGCCUCUGUUGAGAAGGACGAGUCUGAGAUCUCGCCUUCUACUCUCUACGCCAUUGCUUGUGUCCUUGAAGGCAUCCCUUUCAUCAACGGGAGUCCUCAGAACACUUUUGUUCCGGGACUUAUCGAACUGGCGGUAUCGAGGAACUGUUUGAUCGGUGGGGAUGAUUUCAAGAGUGGUCAGACUAAGAUGAAAUCCGUUUUGGUCGAUUUCCUUGUUGGAGCUGGUAUUAAGCCUACUUCGAUUGUGAGCUAUAACCAUUUGGGGAACAACGACGGCAUGAACCUCUCAGCGCCGCAGACUUUCCGCUCUAAAGAGAUAUCGAAGAGCAAUGUUGUGGACGACGUGGUGGCUAGUAAUGGCAUCCUCUUUGAGCCCGGUGAACAUCCUGACCAUGUCGUUGUCAUCAAGUAUGUACCAUAUGUUGCGGAUAGUAAGAGAGCGAUGGACGAGUACACCUCUGAGAUAUUCAUGGGAGGGAAGAACACAAUCGUAAUGCAUAACACUUGUGAGGAUUCACUCCUGGCUGCUCCAAUCAUCUUGGAUCUUGUUCUUCUCGCUGAACUCAGCACCAGGAUCCAAUUCAAAGCCGAAGAAGAGGCAAAGUUUCACUCUUUCCACCCAGUAGCUACUAUUCUGAGUUACCUCACCAAGGCACCUCUUGUACCGCCUGGUACGCCGGUGGUGAACGCUCUGUCCAAGCAGCGGGCUAUGCUGGAGAACAUUCUCAGGGCCUGUGUUGGGCUUGCUCCAGAGAAUAACAUGAUCAUGGAGUAUAAGUGA